UCUGAUUGGUCCACAGGGCGGAAGCGGGCAAUGGCGGCGUAAACAACGCCAAGAGUAGUGUAAUGUCCUGUUAAGUCGAGUCAAAAUCGAAAAUAAAACAGAAAAAUAAAACUACAACAAAAUAGAGUAUGUUUUUGGCACCAGGAGGAUUUCUGCUCGGUGUACAAACUCUUAAACACCUACUGGUUCACUUCUUGGUGGUGUUUAUCCGGUAGUUUCGGCUAACUUUUUAGCCGAGUCUGCUAACUUAACGGAAAGUUAUCUAAUUUGCAGAAAUGGACUGCGUCGUGACAGGAGGAAACGUGAAAGUGCUGGCCAAAGCCAUCCACUCCCUGUCCAGGAUCGGUGAUGAGCUGUAUGUGGAGCCUCAGGAAGAUGCGCUGGCCCUGCGGUCUGUGAACUCCUCCCGGUCGGCAUAUGCUUGUUUCCUGUUCGCACCACUCUUCUUCAGCAGGUACACCAUCCCCAGUGGGCACGCCUUUCGCUGCAAGAUGGCAAUAAAGAGCGUGCAGGCUGUGUUCAGGUCUCUGGCGUCUCUGGAGAAGACAGUGGAAAAGUGUCACAUCGAGCUGGACAAGCAGAAGAGCCGCCUCACCUUCACCUUGCACUGCAAACACGGCCUGCUGAAGACACAUAACCUGUCUUUCCAGGACAGUGAAAGUUUACAGGCAGUGUUUGAUAAGGACAGCUGUGCCAAUGUAUUCAGGGCCCAGCCCAGGCUGCUCGUGGACACAGUUGUGCACUUCCCUCCAUCUCUGGAAGAAGUGACCGUGGCAGUGAGUGAUGAACGGAUGUGGGUCAGGAACCAUGUGGAUGAGGAAGCAGAGCAGUCCAAGGCCAUGCUGACAGAGCUGUGUCUGGCUUCUGACGAGUUUGACCAUUUUGCUGUCGGAGCUCACAACAGCGUCACAUUUUGUCUGAAGGAGUUACGGGGUUUGUUAGUGUUUGCAGAGUCUACUGGUCUCCCUAUUUCUAUGUACUUUGAUGAGCCAGGAAGCCCUGUGGUGCUUUCAGUGACAGACAGUGUCCUAGAAGGGGACUUUGUGCUGGCAACGCUCUCUGAUGAUCCCAACCACCGUAAAAACAACAGCAGACGGGCACACACACCGCCGCCUCCCCCUCCCGAUGACUUCAUGAAUGACGACAUAGACGCCUAUCUCAUUGCCAUGGAUACUAGUAUUGCACCAGGUCCCUCUGCCACAGGUCCACCUACGCCCUCAUUAGCCAGAUCUACAUUUUCCAAACAGCCUGCUGCAGCCAAUCACAAGACAAGAAUACACAGUGAGGAGGAGGAGGAAGAGGAGGAGGAAGAUGAAAAAGCUGAUUUAGACAGACCACCUAAUAAGAAGUUCUGUUCCCUGUUCUUUGGAUCAGUGCUUCCCCCAUCCUCGCAGAUGAGCACUCAACCAGUGACGAGUCAGGAAGUGCUGGCCAGUGACAGUGAGGACGACACUUAAAGUAGAGUGAUGGUGGACUGAUGGGGUGUGUAGACUGAGAGAGAUGCACUGACCUGAAAGUGGGUGCAUGCGUGUUCACUUUUAUCACUGUUACACCACACUACCUGGACUACUUGAAAAUGCAGAAAUCAUCUUGGACCUUUAUUUUCAUCUUUACCUGCUUGUAUAUGUUUUUUUUUUUACCUGUGCAGAGGCCAUCAGUACAGAACCAGUGUAUUCCAGCUUUUUAUUGGAUUAUAAUGUUAAUGGUUGUAAUCUGGCAUUAUGUGAAACUAGACACAAGGCACUUCCUGUUUAUGUUUGUGAUCAAGGUGCAGCGAAAAAACUUCCUCCAAAUAAAACAAAUGUAUUUUUCAAAGUA